CUCUGCCUCUGGGGGGCUGUGCUUCACCUUACGGCUGCGCUUGCUGCUGAGACACCUGCCCAGCAGUGCUACAGCUUCCAGCACACCUAUGUGGGCCCCUUCGACCUCAGCGACAUGAAGAUGAACCACGUCUCCUGUCCCCAAGGGUGCUCUGAGGCCGUCUUGUCCCUGAACACUGGGUACCGCGAUGCCGUGACCUUGGUGCAGAAGGGGUGCUGGACGGGUCCCAGGAGCGGCCAAAUGCAGACCCACGACGAGGCGCUGCCACCUGACUAUUCAGAGGUGCUGGGCUGUGAAGGCAACUUGUGCAACAACAGACUUUUGUCCCACGAUAGCAUUCCCAACCUGAGUCCAGCGUCCACGCCCCAGAGGCUCAGUGGCACCGUGUGCUAUGCAUGUGCGGGGACCCACCCAGAGGACUGCACCCUAGGAAAGUCCAGGAAGGUCCAGUGUCACCAGGACCAGAGUGUUUGCUUCCAAGGCAACGGCCGCAUGAAUAUUGGUAAUUUCUCGGUGCCCGUGUUCAUGAGGACGUGCCACCGGCCCUCCUGCACCAUCAAAGGUACCAGCAGCCCCUGGAGCAACAUUGACCUGCAGGGCGAUUGCUGUGAGGGGUCCCUGUGUAACCGCCAGCCCAUCGACCAGACUGAGCACGAGCACUCGGCCGACAGCGCCGCCCCAAGGGGAUCCCCAGCCCCCACCACGCUGGGCCUGCUCCUAGCUGCCCUGCUGGCCUGGGCGCUGGGUGGCCCCCGUGCCCUCUGUUCCUAG